AAUCCCCCUGCUUCUCUCUCUGUUCCUCAAUACUUAAGCAUUCCAUGUUUAAGAUGGAGUACAGUGACACAUCUGCAGCUUCUCCUCAACCUCCCUCUCCUUCUUCAUCUUCUUCUCCUUCUCCUCCUAGUCCUCACCCUCCUCCGCCGACUUCCACCACUCCACCGGUGGUCAUCAGCCCUUGUGCGGCUUGCAAGAUUUUGAGGCGUAGGUGCGCCAACAAAUGCGUCUUGGCACCUUAUUUUCCUCCCACUGAGCCUGCCAAUUAGUUCACCAUUGCUCACCGCGUGUUCGGCGCUAGCAAUAUUAUCAAGUUCUUGCAGGAACUUCCAGAGUCUCAAAGGGCUGAUGCAGUGAGCAGCAUGGUUUAUGAGGCAAGUGCCAGAAUCCGAGACCCUGUAUACGGCUGUGCAGGAGCAAUUUGCCACCUGCAGAAGCAAGUGAAUGAACUUCAAGCACAAUUGGCAAAGGCUCAAGCUGAGCUCGUGAAUAUGCAACUUCAACAGGCAAACCUUGUGGCCUUACUGUGCGUGGAAAUGAGACAAUCCGAACCAAAUUUGCAACAAUCUGUUGACACCUUCCUCAGUAGCCCACAGAACUACGAGGGCAACCUGGGAUUUCUCGAUGAUAACAACAACAACAACCUAGCAUCAUUGUGGGAGCAGCAGCCUCUUUGGACAUGAUUGGAUUAAUUAAUUUGUAAUCUCAAGACUAUCAGUCAAGAACUUCCUCGUUCCAAUGAAAUUCUCCUAACUCUAUUAGCUUAAAGCAAGCAUGAGAAGGAGAAGAUGAGGGAACAUUAUAUUAAUAAAAUCAACUCAAUUGGGGCGUAAUUAGGUAUAGAUAGGGUGAGUGUAAAUCUAAUCUCUUUGUUAAACGCUAUACAAAGCAGAUUAGUACUCUUUUCUCCUCUAAUUUUCCAAGGUAAUUUGGGGGAGGAAGUGGUGGUGUAUUUUUUUCCUUUUUGUAUAUUAGUUAGCUGGUAUUAUAUAUGGGUCAUGUUGCGAAUUAAAAAAUUUAUAAAAGUUUAUAUCUCCA